UUAAAAGUCGUAAGAUUCGCUCAUGAUUACGCUCACGAUUCAUAUUUACAAACGUGUGUCACGUGUGUGUCCGUCACGUGUAUUAAGGUGUUUUAAUUCUUUACUCUCAUUUCCUGGCACUCUCGUCUAGUCUCUGCAGUUGUUCCGGAACUCUAAAAACCUUAAAAAUAUGACUCAACCUGUUAUAAAACUUAACAAUGGUGUUGAAAUGCCAGCAUUUGGAUUUGGUACGUGGCUGGCAGAGCCUGGAGUAGUUGGAGAAUCAGUUAGGCUUGCAUUAAAAUGUGGUUACAAACAUAUUGAUUGUGCAGCUAUUUAUGAAAAUGAGCCAGAAAUAGGAAAUGUGUUUGGUCCAUUAUUUUCAUCUGGUGAAUACAAUCGAAAAGAUAUUUUCAUUACUUCAAAAGCUUGGGUCUCAGAAUUUAAAAACAUUGAAGGUGCUUGCAAAAAAACAUUAAGUGAUCUUCAAUUAGAAUACUUGGAUUUGUAUUUGUUGCACUUGCCUUUUGAGACCGAAAAUGGAGUUAAUAUUGGUUAUAAUGCAGAAAGAAUUCAGAAAGCAUGGGAGUCAAUGGAAGAUCUAGUUGCAAAAGGAUUAGUUAAAUCAGUUGGUGUUAGUAAUUUUACUAUAUUAAAGUUAGAAGAACUUUUAAAGCAUUCUCCUAAGUUAGUUCCUGCAUGUAAUCAAGUUGAAGCUCAUCCUUACUUACCUCAAAAAAGACUUCAUGCAUAUUGUAAAGAAAAAGGAAUUUCAAUAAUGGCUUAUACUUCUCUGGGAAACGUUAAUCGGCCAAGUAUGUUCAAAUAUACUUGUGAAGAUCCUGUAUUGCUUGAAGAUCCGGUUGUUAAAAAAGUUGCUGAAAGAAAUAAUGCCACUGUAGCUCAGGUUUUGUUAGCAUGGGCUCUCGCCACUGGAUUUGGUGUUAUCCCAAAAUCAGUUAGAGAAGAACGUAUUAAAGAAAAUCUUGAUACUCUUAAAGUUAAUUUAAGCCCAGAAGAUUUACAAGAAAUAAACGGUAUUACUAUCAGACAUCGUUAUCUUGAUCAAAAUUGGGCAUUAACACCUGGCCAAAAAGUUGAAGAAUUGUGGGAUGGCGAGAUGUUAGAGUGAAUUAUUUAGAGAAUUAUGUGUUGUGGUUAUAGGAAAUUAGAGAGAAGUGUGGGUUUAUUCAACUUUAAUUGACUUUAUUGAAUUAUCUCUUGUCUUUCAUUGUUCGUUUUUUAUAAUUAAAAAAAAAAAAAUUUAAUCA